GCCACUCAACUCCUCCACCUGUGUUUUUCAUUUCUCCAAACUGCCCUUCUAAGCGUCCAGAGAGAGAAAAACGUCAAAUGAAAGUGGAAUGAGAGAGAGGGAGAGCGAGGUUGCUUAACUCUGACACAGCCACCACAACAUCCCCCAAUUAAACCACCACAGUCGAAGCCAUCACGGCACUCUCCUCCUCCGACGCCUUAGCCAACGAACUGUCUUCUUUUAGGUCUCCUUUUGUCCUGUGCUUUAUUGUUGUUUUGUGAACAUACAAAUGGAGUGCCAGUUGUUGUGGAUUAUGCGUAUUUUUCUCUACGGUCUCUGUAGAGAACAUAAUCUAUUACCCUGAAACCCUGUCCGUCUGUGGGAACUUUGCAAUUUGACAAAACCCGUACCCCUCUCUGGCAGGUGGCAAUCUGUCUCUAGUUUUGGUUCCAAUCUAAACUUAAUGCUGCAAGAUGACAAAGUGUUUGUUGAAAAUCCUGUGAGAGUUUUUUAAAGAGGAGAUUUGAGUUUUUAAUUUUCUGAUCAUCUGGGAUUCAGGAGACCAUUGUUUGGGCAUGAACCAGAUUAAGAGUGGCCCUGGUUUUGCGAUUUUGUGUAGAUUCUCAAGACCCACUGAAGGACACGUUGAGCUCAUUCAAACCCCCUAUCUGAAACGCUUGCAUGCUGUGUACCAACCCCCUAAACCAAUAUAAAGGAAACCCAAUUCAAUAGAAAUCAAACCCAUUAUAAAGAUUGAAUUUUUGGGGUGAAAAGGAGAAAGAGAUGAUGCAGAGUGAGAGAGGGGAUGGUGGAGGGAGUGAAGAGAUGAGGCAGAAUCAGACGUCGAAACCACUUCAAGGAGAUCAACAACAGCCGCCUUCACCACACCCUCAACAAUGUCCUCGUUGCGAAUCCUUGAAUACAAAAUUCUGUUACUACAACAAUUACAGUCUCUCUCAGCCUCGUUACUUCUGCAAGACUUGUAGAAGGUACUGGACUCAGGGUGGAACCCUGAGAAAUGUGCCCGUAGGAGGCGGUCCCCGGAAGGGAAAGCGAAAAACGACAUCAUCUGGUGAGAAUUCUAGCUCUCAGCCUAAUCAGCCAAAUCCACCUCAGAAUUUCACAGCCCCGCGAACUAUGGGCAUUGCCAAUUCAGCUAUUAGUUCUAGUCCUGCUGUUAUGAGGACUAAAGAAUCUGGUGUGCCUUCAAUGGAAUCAUAUUAUCAAGGAGGUAGGUUCUUGUCUUCUUUAGCAGCAAUUCAGUCUCUCCAACCACCACGACCUUUUAAUCAGCCUGUGAGUCUUGGUGGCGGUGGGGAUUUGGGUGGUUCUUCAAAUUUGGGUCUGCUGCAGGGUUUCAAUGUCAAUAUCAAUGUGCCUUCUUUUGGGUCAAACCAGCAACUUAAUCAGCAGAGACAGUUUUAUCAAAUGGGUGCUGAUAGAGAUAAGAGUACUUCAGGUCUCAUGUUUCCAUCCGAUCAACAAGAAAGCUUGAUGAUACAAUCAAGCCGCCCUGGUUCUUCAAGCUCUUCUCAGCACAAUUGGCACCAGAAUUUCAUCAACAAUACUAACCCCAAUGUCUCUGAUACAACUAUGUGGAGUACUGUCAGUACCAGCACUGGAAGCAACAGUAAGAAUACCACCACUACUGCUGGAAGCUCCAGUACUUCUGUGAAUCCCAAUCAGUGGCCUCAUCUUCCGGGUUAUGGUGCUCCACCAUAAUCUGUCUUCUUUAAGUUCCCAACAUAGCAUGACUCCAUGAAAUAUUUUGGCUUUAUGUACAUAACAAAACAUUGAAUAACUUCAAAUCUUUUUUUUUUUCCCUUUUAAUGGUUUCAAAGUGUUUUUCUUUAUUUGUUUUCAUGGGUUGGGGGACACAGUACAGACUGUACAGUUCAUGCAGAAAUGGACAGAUUUCUAUACUGUCAUUGUGCUUACAUGUAGAGAUCAUGACUUCCUGGGUUUUGCUCAAGUUGUUUGAACUUUUGAGCUAAGAUAUAUAUGUAGUGAGCUCUGGUUUGAUUGCCUUAUCUCUACUUUAAUCGGGUAGAAGUGCAUUUAUCUUUUCUGUUAAUUAGUGUUUUUGAGAGCCAAAAAAGAGGAUGGAGAUAGAGGCAAAGAGUGCAUGAUGUGGUGGAGCUGAUGUGUUUUGUCAAAGUUGUUGGAGAAGAGAAGAUGGUUUGUUCUGGUGCUGUCUGUUUUGCAUGUGGAUGACUAAAGACACUGAGAUAUGCUUUAAUAAAUCACUUUAAUAAAACUUCUAAAUGCUUUUAA